AAGACCAAUCAUUCUGUAUCCACCUACAAGACCUAUCCUUCUCUAUCCACCUACAAGACCUAUCCUUCUGUAUCCACCUACAAGACCUAUCCUUCUCUAUCCACCUACAAGACCUAUCCCUCUCUAUCCACCAACAAGACCUAUCCUUCUGUAUCCACCUACAAGACCUAUCCUUCUGUAUCCACCUACAAGACCUAUCCUUCUCUAUCCACCUACAAGACCUAUCCUUCUGUAUCCACCUACAAGACCUAUCCUUCUCUAUCCACCUACAAGACCUAUCCUUCUCUAUCCACCAACAAGACCUAUCCUUCUGUAUCCACCUACAAGACCUAUCCUUCUGUAUCCACCUACAAGACCUAUCCUUCUGUAUCCACCUACAAGACCUAUCCUUCUCUAUCCACCUACAAGACCUAUCCCUCUCUAUCCACCUACAAGACCUAUCCUUCUCUAUCCACCAACAAGACCUAUCCUUCUGUAUCCACCUACAAGACCUAUCCUUCUCUAUCCAUCUAG